GUUUUCCUUAAACAAAGAAAAAUAUCACCGCCUGGAGACUGGGAAGGAGCAAGGGAGUCAAGAACCAAGAGCCUUCGGCCCGUGCGACGCCCUCAUCUCAUUUCGCUCUUCCCUCCCACUCCCACCCAACGACAACAACCGCGCCGGCUCCCCCACAGAUACAGACAGACGGAAAUACAGAAAGAUCCAGCUAUAUCCGACCUCUUCUGUCUCUAUUUCUUGUUCUUUCUUCCUCUCACGACGUCGCUGUUCUAGUAAUUCGACUGGACUCCGAGUUAGAGAGAGAGAUGGGCAAGAAGAAGCGCGUGAUGAUGCCGGUGGAGGAGGUCGACGUCUCCGCCGUCAAGUACCGGCCCCAACAAAUCCAAGCGCCACAUCUGACGGGGUUCACUCUGCGGCUGUUCGUUUGGCUGCUCGAAACCCCUCUGCUGGGCUCUCUCAUUACGUCCUUCUUGAAGCGGCAGAAUGGAAUUACUGAGAUGUUGCAGAAUACCGUGAUUCCUGAGAGGCCAAUGUUCCGGCCGGAGUUCCCGCCUCAAGAGCCAGAACUGGGAGUAGUUCUUGUUGAUGAAAACAGAGACCCUGUUGCUCGUCUUGAAACAGCCACGGAGUGUCUUGCCCCAUAUGAUCUCUCUCAACAUUGGAGCAGUGAUUCCCCUCCAUUUUUGUACUGGACGAUCCGUGACUAUGCACAUGCCUAUCGGUCUAAGAUAACAACCCCAUCAGUUGUUGCAGAACAUAUAAUUUCAGCCUUAGAAGAAUACAGUGGUAAGAAGCCCCCCAUGCCAAUGUUGAUUUCUUUUAGUGCAGAAGAGGUGAGGAAACAAGCUGUAGCUUCCACAAAUAGAAUUUUAGAAGGGAAACCCUUGUCCAUCUUAGAUGGUAUUUUUAUGGCUAUUAAAGAUGAUAUAGACUGCUAUCCUUAUCUAACUAAAGGAGCUACAACAUGGUUUCACAAAGUUCGUGCGGUCACCCAAGAUGCAGUCUGUGUUUCUCGGUUGCGAAGCUGUGGUGUGAUUUUUAUAGGCAAAGGAAAUAUGCAUGAGUUGGGACUUGGAACAACUGGGAACAAUCCAAAUUAUGGAACAACUAGAAAUCCACACUCAAUUGAAAGGUAUACAGGCGGAUCUUCCUCUGGUCCAGCAGCACUUGUGGCAUCUGGGUUAUGUUCAGCAGCAGUAGGAACAGAUGGUGGAGGUUCAGUUAGAAUUCCAUCUUCCCUUUGUGGGAUUGUAGGCUUAAAGACAACCUACGGGAGGACUGACAUGGAAGGGUCAUUAUGUGAUUGUGGAACUGUUGAAGUGGUUUCUCCACUUGCAGCCACAGUUGAAGAUACGAUGCUGGUGUAUGCAGCAAUGGCAGGAUCCUCUCCAGUUGAUAGAAUCAGUUUGAAACCGCCCCCACUUUGCUUGCCAAAUUUAUCAUCAUCUGAUAGUUUAACCAUCUUGCAGUCAUUUAGACUGGGAAAAUAUACGGAGUGGUUUAAUGAUGUUUCCUGCAAUGAUAUCUCCACUAAGUGCGAGGAUGUCCUUAAUCUACUUUCAGAUACAUUUGGAUGCCAAACAAUAGAGAUAGUUUUGCCAGAACUAGAGGAAAUGCGCACUGCCCACAUAGUUUCGAUUGGCUCUGAAACAAUGUGUUCCUUAAGCCCUAAUUCUGUGGAGGGGAGAUGUUCAGAAUUAACGCUUGAUACCCGAGUUAAUUUGGCGCUGUUUCGGUCAUUCUCUGCAGCAGAGUAUGUUGCUGCCCAACGCCUUAGGAGAAGGAUAAUGUACUACCACAUGGAAGUUUUCAAGAAGGUUGAUAUGAUAGUAACCCCUACAACCGGAAUUACUGCGCCCAAAAUGCCUCUAAGUUCUCUUAGAUCUGGGGAAACUGAUUACAAGGUGUCAGGUUACCUCAUGCGAUUUAUACUAGCAGGAAAUCUUCUUGGUCUGCCAGCUAUAUCUGUUCCUAUUGGUCAUGAUAAACAAGGACUUCCAAUAGGCUUGCAACUCAUAGGCCGUCCAUGGGGUGAGGCUAGCAUUCUGCGGGUGGCUUCUGCAGUGGAGGGACUCUGUUCAGGUUUCAGGAAGAAGCCAUCAAAAUUUUGUGAUGUUCUCAAAGCAAUUUGAACCAAAUUCUCAUUUUCCUGUAGAGGUGAAUGUUGUUCACCAGCAGGUCACUGUGCUCCCUAUAAUUGUGAAGAAACUGUCAACUGUCUAAUAAUUAGAAAAAAGACAAAUGUUAACUAUGCACACGGUCGUAUGAUUUGCUGUUGGGUGACAAAAAUUGGCUAUCGGAAUAUCAGGGCAAGUUGUAACUCUUGUUAUUUAUUGGAAGAUUG